AUGUCGAAUCCACGAUGUUAUUUUGAUAUUUCCAUCGGAAGAAUGGCAGUGGGUCGAAUUAUCUUCGAGCUGCGGGCAGACGUGGUUCCCAAAACUGCGGAAAAUUUUCGAGCCCUUUGUACAGGAGAAAAAGGCUUGACAUAUAAAGGAAGCGCUUUUCAUCGUGUGAUACCAGGUUUUGUUUGCCAAGGAGGCGAUGUUACUGGUGGCUCAGGGGGGAAAAGCAUAUAUGAAGGAGGGAUUUUCGACGACGAAAAUUUCGAAUUAAAACACAUUGGGCCAGGUGUAUUGUCAAUGGCCAAUGUUGGAGCGAACACAAACGGGUCACAGUUUUUCAUUUGCACAAAUAUUCUGGACCAUUUAAAUGACAAACACGUAGUCUUUGGUCACGUGGUGGAAGGCAUGGAUAUUGUACAAGCAAUAGAAAAUGUCGGGUCAGAUACUGGGUGGACGCGAGCUCCGGUUGUGGUUGAAAACUGCGGGGAA